UCUCAACGGAACAAAUGACAGGGGGAAGAACGAGGAGUUGAAGAAUUACAAGAAUGAACCUGAGCGUUAUCAAAGAAGACUACUGAGGAAGCAAUUUGAUCCGGAAAUGGCGUAUGUUGACGCGUACGACUACCAGGCUACAGAAGAAGACUUAAACAAUAUGAAAUACUACCGUGAACGCUUGAACGGUCGUCCUCUCACCUCGGCUUUACGAAGUUUUGACAUCAACGACAAAUACGAAUCUACUCGCCUACCAGGCGUCUACGAGAUCACCCAAGACUCUAGAGUCAUUUACAUUGGUGGAAACCCCUGCCUUGCGAACAUACGGGACUGUUUAAAUGCUCAUUUUAGCGGGAACGACGGUCUUCCAAUUGGUCGAUACUUGAGCGGUCCAGCAAGGAACAAGUGGAAAUCGAUAUUUGUACGUUGGUUGACAUGCGCGAAACCAAAUGAGGUGGCCUGGUUCUUGUUAAGUGAUUUUCAAAUGCAUCAUGGGUAUUAUCCCCCCUUUAACUACCCCACAGAUAAGUCUUACCACAACGAAACCACACAACAAUAGCUAGCCUUUUCCAACUACAAACCCAUAUUGGAGAAAUUUACAUUGUCAUUUUCUUAUUUAGCUGUAUUAGUUUUGUGUUUUGUUCAUAAAAUCCUCCUAUUACAUUUUUUCUCAGACAAAAAGUAAGUGAAAGUAGUCUGAAAUCAAAAUGUUUUCUCACCACUGCUCAUCGGUUUUUGCAAAAGAAUAAAACGACUUUA